UCAUGCACAAAAACACUUAGCCCAAUAUCCCCUCUCUCUCUCCCCUUUCAUUGCAGGCCACAGAUAAAACCAACCCCUCCAAAAACGAAACACCCACGUCUGUUUUUCCCUGUUUCUUCAGUUCCCUAAAACACCCAAGCCCCCAAAGAGGAACCAUAAAAAAGAACUGGUCUUUCAAAUCACAUUUGAUCCUUUUCUUACAGGAACCUCAAGAAAAGAACAAUUUUCUUCUUCUUUUUUCGUUUCAUAAUUUUGGCUAUGAAACGUGGAUACCCAGAAUCUCCAUCUUCCUCUUUUGGUCCACCUCAAUCCAGAUUCAAACAUAACCCUGAAGGUGAUGCUCAAUUUUUGGAGGAUGAAAGCACAAAAAUUUUUGCUCGGAAAGUGGCUGACCAUUAUAGUGCAAGAACAAAUCAAACUUUGGAAGAACGAGAAGCAAGUCCUAUCAUUCACUUAAAGAAGCUAAAUAACUGGAUUAAAAGUGUGUUGAUUCAGCUUUAUGCUCGUCGGGGUGAUGCUGUUCUUGAUCUUGCAUGUGGCAAGGGUGGCGAUCUCAUCAAAUGGGAUAAAGCAAAAAUUGGAUAUUAUGUUGGCAUUGAUAUAGCUGACGGCUCGAUAGAAGAUUGCCGUACGCGAUAUAAUGGUGAUGCAGACCAUCAUCAACGUCGCAAAAAGUUCACUUUUCCUGCCCGUCUCAUAUGUGGAGAUUGUUAUGAGGUACGCCUGGAUAGAGUUUUGGCCGAUGAUGCUCCUUUUGAUAUCUGCAGUUGCCAGUUUGCCAUGCAUUAUUCCUGGUCUACAGAAGCGCGUGCACGUCGGGCACUGGCCAAUGUAUCAGCCUUACUUCGUCCAGGAGGCACCUUCAUUGGGACAAUGCCAGAUGCCAAUGUGAUAAUCAAAAAACUUAGAGAAGCUGAAGGAUUGGCCUUUGGCAACAGUGUCUACUGGAUACGGUUUGACGAAGAAUUUUCUGACAAGAAAUUUAAAUCUUCAAGCCCCUUUGGUAUCAAGUACAAGUUUCACUUAGAGGAUGCUGUCGACUGUCCUGAAUGGAUUGUUCCCUUCCAUCUCUUCAAGUCAUUAGCAGAAGAGUAUGAUCUAGAACUAGUUUUUGUUAAAAACUCGCAUGAAUUUGUGCACGAGUACUUGAAAAAACCUGAAUAUGUAGAGCUUAUGCGGAGGCUUGGUGCAUUAGGUGAUGGUAACCAAGACCAGAGCACAUUAUCUCCAGAUGAGUGGGAGGUGGCUUAUUUAUACCUUGCAUUUGUUUUAAAGAAGCGUGGCCAGCCAGACCGGACACAAGCAAAUAGUAGAAGAGAUAAAGGACAGAUGCAAAUAGCAAAAGAGGAUAUCCUGUAUAUUAAUAGUGGGGUAUAACAGGACAAACCCAAUAAAAAUCCCAAAGAUUUAUAUUUAUAGUUGGAAAGGGACAAUAACUGGGGCGGCUAGGGCAUGGAGCAAUACCUUGGUGAAGUUGGUCUUGCUCUUUUCACAAAGCCUUACAAAAUUUUUCAAAGGCUAUUCAGUUUUGUAGGUUUACAGGAUUCUUGUUGUGACAUUGCUUCCGCAUGAAACUUCUAAGAAAUUGCCAAUCUAUAAUACUCAAGAUUGUAAUUUUGGGACCAAGGAAAAUACUAGUAAAGAAAAAAGUAGACUGACAGAAAA